AUGAGCCAAAACCCUGUUAUUCUCAUGUGGAAUCCAGAGAAUAUAACAGUUAAUGUAGAAUAUAAUGAGCUGGUGGUGAGAACUAUAACUGGUGCAGCUAAUGAAGCUGCAAGUGCUCCAUCAGGUGCUAAGAAGUUUGCAGUCAAGAAAGUGGUUUAUACGUGGCGUGAAGAUCUAUACGUUCUUGUGCAGUGCACACCGGAUCUAUCAACCUCCGAUUGUAAACAGUGUCUUCAAGCAGCUAUUGCCAACUUACCAGUUUGUUGUAAUAAUAAGCAAGGCGGAAGAGUCUUGUUCCCAAGCUGUAAUUUUCGAUUUGAAAAUUAUUCGUUUUACAAUGAAACUGCUGUCGUGGCACCACCUCCUACGCCAGUUGUUCUUCCCCCUACAUCUACAGGUCCUGCACCAGAUGGAAAAGGUUCUUGGAGGAAAAAGAACUUGGAUUGUAAUCGGCGCAACUCUAUCGGCUAUUGUUGGAGUACUAAUGUUGAGUUAUUGCACUUACGAUAUGUGGAGAAGGAAGAAUCUGAAAAGAGGGAAAUUACAAAACAGCCAAGUGAUUCAAUUACUUGA